GAUUCCAUUUUACUCGCAAGAAUUUCAUCUUUUUGCUUUAUUUUGACCAAGUUGAUACAAAAUUUAAUAUUUAAGUCCCAAAGUCCUCCAUUUCUCUUUUUCAAUCAAACAAAUCCCCCUUCAAAAAAUCCCCAUUAACCCAAAAUUUUCAAAUGUUUCAUCCAUUGAUCUGUGGAGCUUCUAAUCAUCAAGAAAAUGCUGAUUCUGAUCAUAAAAGCCAUAACAAAGACAACAACAAGAACCCAUAUUCCGACCGCGGUCUCGACAAGUUUUCUGCACUUUUAUCCGAGCUUGAAGACAAGAAACAAAAGAUCUAUUUACAGACAGGUUCUCGAGACAUAUCCAUGGUUCGUUUCAUGUACAAAGAUUCAACAGAUUUUGUCCCUGUCGUUGUAAAGCUCAAAGACAAAGAACCAAAGCCAAAACCUGUUGAAACCAAACAACAAGAACAAGAAGCAUGGGAUCAUAAGCAUUCAAUGGAAACCUUAAGUGAAGCCAAAGAUGUAAUGAAGAAGAUAUCAAGAUUACAACCAGACAAGCAGAAGAACAAAAAUGGGUUUUCAUGGAAGCGACCAUAUUUUUAUUUACCAACAUUUUUUGUGUUGGUUUUGGUGUUAUUAGUGUUCUUUGGAAGAUCGGUUUCGAUAUUGGUAACUUGUGUUGGAUGGUAUAUGGUUCCUACAAUACAAGGAGGGAAUUACAGUCAUGUAAGAAGAGGAAUAAUGAAGAAGAAGAAGAAAGAUCAUGUAAGAAAAUUGAGCAAUGAAUCUGAGGUUGUUCGAAGUAAGUCUUCAUCUCCUGUUCGUGAUUACCGUAAGAAAAGCUGAUUAUGUUAUGUAAUUAUUCUUUUUUGCUUUUGGCUGUGUUUUUGGUGUUGGAUUGAAGGAUUCAAUUCAUUCUUUUGACUGUAACUUGAAUUUGAUAAUGGGAGCUCUGCCCUAAACAACUGUUGGAUUUUAGUCAAGAAAAUUCUAGAUUUAGUUUUGAAUAUUUUGAAGUUUUAAUUUCGUCCUUUUAAAGUUUAAGGUUUAAUCCUUUGACUUUUAAUUUAGUGUAUCUUGGUAUUGUAUAAUAUUAUUAAUACUUUCAAUCUGAUUAA